UGGAUUCAUGCAACAUACUAAACCAAAAGCAAGUCACACUUUGUCUUAGUUGAUGAAAAAUCAUGUUGUAGGGAAUUUAAAGCUUUAACCCAAUCCAGGAAAUACAUUUGACUCUCUUGAAGCUCUGUGCUUAACUUUGGCAAACACAUUAGUUAUAUGGAACAAACACUGGCUGGAAGGUAUGAAAUUCUUUAUUUUGAACUGAAAUAUAAUAUAUUGAUACCGCGUCAGUUACACUACAUUAUUUAACCCUACAGCAUUCUAAGGAGAACGAAAUUUUUCACUCCAGCAUAUAGUUAGAUAAGUAGGAGUCCAACCUUAAUAGCAUCGAAGAGCUCAUACUUUUGAAUCCUAUGUGGCUAUUAAUUACCAUAGCUGGCCAUUGGCUAAUGCUAACAAUUCUGGAAACUAAAGGCCACACUUCUGAAAGGCACCAAGAUUGUAGAAUGCUACAAUACAGAACUGCAGCUACAAUAAACAAUGCGAGUGGGAUUGAAGGGAUCCAUGUUCAAAUCUCAUUGGGUUAAUAAAUCAUAUUUCAGUCUUAACAUCCUAGUCUCAUGAGAAAAGGGGAGGGGGGGAAAGCAAACUUAAUAGUAACAUGUAAGACUGGAAAGGAAGUUAUAUUUGCUCAACUCCAGUUUAUGAUGGCAAUUCUAGCAUAAUACAUUUACACUAUAGGCAGGAGAAAGUUGGCAUUUGCUGGUACAUUAUAUAAAUCAUAUCUAUCUGGAAGGAUUUGCUCCAAAGACAUUAGCAAAAAAAUCAAACCCGGCUUGGGCAUCCUUGCUUUUGAGGGCCUUCCCCGCAGCCUGUGUAACGGGAGGCGAAAAGCCCAGCUGUCAGAGCUAGCGAUCUACCUCCUGGAAUCCUGGCAACCAUUCACGCACACGCCACGGACGGGAGGCGGUGGUGGUGGAUGGAAGAAGAAAAGCUGUGACCACGGAGCUCCCCCAACACACGCGUUCAGCCGCUGCUUCUCUGGCGUCGCGCCUGGGUGGGCAAGCCAGAAGAGCGCAGCCAUCGCGCUCACCUGAUCCAAACGGUUACAGAAUAUAGAUGGGUAUCACCAUGACUUCAACCUGGCUCUGCAGCUUGUCCCUUCUGCUGGUCUGCAGGCUGGCUUUGACUUUCAGUCACAGUGCUAGAAGUUCAGACAGAGUUUCUGAAGCUGAUAUCCAAAGACUUCUGCAUGGUGUUAUGGAACAGUUGGGCAUUGCAAGACCCAGAGUGGAAUAUCCAGCCCAUCAAGCAAUGAAUCUCAUAGGCCCACAAAAUAUUGAAGGUGGUGCCCAUGAAGGUUUGCAGCAUUUAGGUCCUUAUGGAAAUAUUCCAAACAUUGUUGCUGAGUUGACAGGUGAUAAUAUACCAAAGGAUUUCAGUGAAGAUCAGGGAUAUCCAGAUCCUCCAAAUCCUUGCCCAAUGGGAAAAACAGCUGAUGACGGAUGUCUUGAAAACACACCCGACACAGCAGAGUUCAGCAAAGAAUACCAACUUCAUCAGCAUCUUUUUGAUCCUGAACAUGACUAUCCGAGCUUAAGUAAAUGGAAUAAGAAUUUACUCUUUGAGAAAAUGAAGGGUGAACCGAAAAGAAAGAAAAGGAAUGUAAAUCCGUAUCUUCAAGGACAAAGAUUGGACAACGUCGUGGCAAAGAAAUCUGUUCCACAUUUUUCAGAUGAAGAAAAAGACAGAGCAGAAACUGAAUGAAGAUUCAUGGAUGGCUUGAUUACUAAUUAUAUAAAAAGUGAUUCAAAUAUUCAUAGUAGCUGCAUGUUUAUUAACUAUGUAAAUCUUUCUGGAAAGCAAUUGGAUUUAUAGUAUUUAUAAUAUUCCUUUUUCUGCAUCUACACCAAGCUGGUUUCUUUCAGAUGUGUUCACAGAAUUAUUGAGAUGCCAAUGGGAAUUAUAAUCCAAUAUAGCUGCCUUUAGAUUUGGGUGGCCAUCCCAGGUAUACAACUACUAGAUUUUGCUUCUUGUUAAGUUGUAACAACAUAAUCACCAACAUAAUCAUGUCUUGCUUUGAAUCUGACUUUAAGCAUUAAUCAAUUUUAAUCAUUGUGACUUAAACUGGUGUUAAGAAAUGAGUCUUGAAAGAGUUGACAACAUUUAAAGAUUUUCCAGUUGUUGAAUACUUUCAAGUGAUAUAAAAGAUUGCUGUUUGGGAACAAUUAUUUCAUAUCUUUCUGUUUGUAAACAAUAACAUCAUGCAUAAUAAAUAUCUAGGU